AAAUUAUUAUCCAAAUAAGAAACAUUAUUGUGCAAUCGGUCUCUGUGUUAAGUACACAAAAAUUCAUUUUAUUAAUACAAAAAAUUAUUAAAUUUAUUUUGUGAUAUACAUACAAUUCAAAUUUAUUAUAAAUGUCUACUGAACAAAGUGCUACAGCAGAUUCCACACCCACCAUUCCAACAUGGGUUGAGGCAUCAUUAUUUGAACCGGCUCUAAAAGAUAUGAUACCGAGCUUUAAGCAAAUUAAGGAAUUUAAGGCGGAUAAAGCAUUGGGGGCUGGUGAGAAUUACAAUACUGUAGUAUUACAUUUGGAUAUUGCUGUUGAAUUAAAUGAUGGCACUUCCAAAUCAGUCUCCUUAAUAUUGAAAACUGCUCAUGAUAAUGAAAUGUUCCGUAUGAUGAUGCAAUUUAACAAUGUUUUCGACAUAGAGACCACCAUGUACAAAGAAGUCGUGCCAGAAUUAGAGCAACUAUAUAAAGAAGCUGGUCUAGAUUUAACAUUUGGUGCCAAAUUCUAUGAACUUUCUACAAAUAAUCCAUAUAUUUUACUAGAAGAUUUAAGAGUUAAAGGUUUUAAAAAUGAAAAUCGUGUGGAAGGUUUAGAUAUGGAUCAUACAAAGGCAGUGCUCAAGAAAUUAGCACAAUGGCAUGCGGCCUCAGCUGUACGUGUAGCUGUUAAAGGACCCUACAGUCGCGUUGUGAGUAACGGUGCAUUUAAAGAGGAAAUGCGUGAUAUGAUGAAGGCCAUGUUUGCUAGCAUGUAUCCGAUAUUCAUGGAAGUUAGUAAGAAAUUUGAAGGUGAUGAAGAAUAUUUCGAAGCCAUGUGCAAUAUGCAAACAAAUAUAAUCGAGGAAAUGAUCAAGGGCAUGAAGGUUGAUGCCAAUGAGUUUAAUGUUCUUAAUCAUGGUGAUUGUUGGUCCAACAAUGUUAUGUUUCAACAUGAUGCUUUUGGUAAAAUCAAGGAAACAUAUUUAAUUGAUUUUCAAAUGCCUAAAUAUGGUUCGCCCGCUCAAGAUUUAUACUAUUUUCUAUUAUCUUCCGCUAAAUAUGAAAUUAAAAUUAAACAAUUUGAUUAUUUCAUCAAAUACUAUCAUGAACAAUUGGUUGAACAUUUAAAAAUGCUAAAUUAUAGCAAGAAAAUACCUGCCUUAAGGGAUAUUCACAUCAUGCUUUACAAAUAUGGUUUAUGGGGUUAUACUACUGCAAAUACUACCAUGGCUGGAGCUCUUUUAGAUCCAACAGAGCUUGCUGGCACUGACAAUUUGGUAUCCAAUACUGAUGCUGGUAUACAAUUUAAAAUACAAUUACUUUCCAAUCCACGUUAUCGUCAACACAUGAAAUUGGUCUUGCCCUGGCUAUAUAAUCGUGGUGCAUUUUAAUGAAUAACAUGUUUUUAAUAUUUUAUAAUGAAGUAUAAAUGUUUUGUAUUUAUCAUGUAUUAAAGAAUAAUUAUAUAUAAUGUA